UAUAUUUUUGGGGCCCCAAUUUGUAAUGGGGUUGGUGUUCUCUUGAGUUUUCAAUGGAAAUCAUGCCUUUUGAAUUUCAACAUGAAAACGACCCCAUAUAUCUCUGGACCAUCAAAGAAAAAGAAAAAAAAAAAAGAAGAAAUUAUUAUGCAAGUUGUGGCAGUGGAUGCCUCUUGAGCUUGACCAUUACUUUAUUGUUUUCCCUUUCUCAUCUGUCAUCACUCGUUUGGUACAAGCUAUAAAGCACGAAUCUUCCUUGAAUUUGGCAUCAAACGAGGAGGUGGCCUAACAAAUGUGGGCGUAUAUAUAUCUGCCAAGUCAUUGGAUUCGUUGCAGCAUUUGUGGAUUCCUUUUGAUCCCAGCAUGAAGAGUAGAAGAGGAAAGCGGUCUGAGCCGUUUUGGCCCUCCAUUAUGAUGAAAAAAUGGCUGAAUAUAAAGCCGAAGGUUUAUGAUUUCAGUGAAGAUGAAGUUGACACAGAGAGCGAAGAUGAUGCUUGCUCGUGUAAAGAUGAAGCUAUUAUGCUCGAUGAUCAUGUCGAUACGACGAGGGGAUGUCAAUCUGCUUGCUCAACCAAAACUACAGGAGGUAAACCACCAACAGGAUUCUCAAUGAAACACCGGAGAGGAAAAUCAGAAACUCUGCGGCUUCAGUAUAUAAAUACAAAAGAUGUGAGGGUAAAUAUAGGUACUUGGAAUGUUGCUGGAAGAAUUCCAGAUGAUGAUCUUGAUAUUGAUGAAUGGCUUUGUAUGCAAGAGCCAGCUGACAUGUACAUUUUCGGCUUCCAGGAAGUGGUUCCCUUAAGUGCAGGCAAUGUACUUGUUGCCGAAAGUAGAAGGCCGAUCUCCAAAUGGGAGGCUAUCAUCCGCAGAACAUUGAACAGGUCAGUGGAACCCGAAACCAAGCAUAAAAGCUACAGCGCACCGCCCUCUCCUGUUUUCAGGACUUCCUCUGCUUCUGAUACAUUGGCUGAGGAGGAAGAUGCUCCUACACUUGACAUAUUUGUGGAUAAUUCUGGAGGCGCCACCAUGGACAGUGACUCGAAGGUCAGCGGGAAGAACAUUCAGUCGAAGAGAAUCUCUGAUAUUAUCUGGGACAACAGAUUGGACUGGCCAGAACAAUCACUUGAUGCUACAUCUCAUCAAGCUUUAUCUUCUAGCUCUCAUUUACGAAGGGUGCUCAGUAGUUCAGCAAGAAUAGGAUGGAUGAAUAAUGGUCUUACCUCCAGCCCUCAAAGAUUAAAGAGAAUGCACCGGAGCUUUGGAAAUCUACAGACGAUCCACAUGGAUCAACAAGAUGAGUUCGAUGAAGUUGUGGAUUAUCUGUCAGAAGAGUUGGAUGAAAUUCCUGGAGAGGAAGAAGAUUGUUUUGCAGAAAUGUCAGAUUUCAGAAAUGAGAAUGCAAUGUCAAGCACUCCAAGAAAGUCACAGUCAGUGUAUGUACGGAUCGUGAGUAAACAGAUGGUUGGAAUAUAUGUGUCAGUGUGGGUGCGGAGAAGGCUAAGGCGACACAUAAACCACUUGAAGGUCUCCCCAGUUGGAGUGGGGCUUAUGGGCUACAUGGGCAACAAGGGAUCCGUUUCGAUAAGUAUGUCACUCUUCCAUAGUCGUCUAUGCUUCGUCUGCUCUCAUCUAACCUCUGGUGAAAAGUAUGGCGCUGAGCAAAGGCGUAACUCUGAUGUUCUUGAAAUCAUAAGGCGGACUCAUUUCUCAACCCUCUUCGACAUUGAUCAGCCACAGACAAUCCCGUCUCAUGACAAGAUAUUCUGGUUUGGGGACUUGAAUUAUCGGAUCAAUAUGUCGGAUUCAGAAGUGAGAAAGCUUGUCGAAAAAAAGCAGUGGGCUGUGCUUCUCAACCACGAUCAGUUAAGCAAGGAACUUCGAAAUGGACAUGUGUUUGAUGGGUGGAAAGAGGGGAUCAUCAACUUUGCCCCAACUUACAAGUAUGAGAUCAACUCUGAUAGAUAUGUUGGUCAAAAUCCUAAAGCAGAAAAGAAGAGAUCUCCAGCAUGGUGCGACCGUAUACUUUGGUUUGGUAAAGGCAUUAAGCAGCUGUGUUACGAGCGAUCAGAGAUGAGGCUAUCAGAUCAUCGAGCUGUGAGUUCUUCGUUCUUGGUCGAAGUUGAGAUAUUUGAUCAGCGGAAGCUCAAAAAGGCACUCAACUAUUCAAGUGCAGUGGUACAUCCAGAGUUUUUCCUCAGCCAAGCUCAAGAAUAUUAACCUUGAGAUUCAUAGCUAGCUCUACAAGUGUUUGUGAUGUUUUUCAGUUGUUCUGAUUUGGCUCUACUUGAGCAUCUAUGCCUUGUUUAAAGACAUUAUAUCAUAUACCAAUUUUCCCUGACCAAUUACAACAUGCACUAUGUAUUUAACUUCUUCUAUGACUUGAACAUUUUCUUUUAUUA